GUCCCGGGGAUCUACUAUUAUUCCAAUAAUGAUUGGUCAUACUAUUGCGAUUCAUAAUGGGAAAGAGCAUCUCCCUAUUUAUAUAAUGGAUCAUAUGGUCGGACACAAAUUGGGAGAAUUUGCAACUACUUUAAAUUUUCGAGGACAUGCAAAAAAUGAUAAUAGAUCUCAUCGGUAAUGUGAAUACUAAAAAAUAUCUUGAUGCUUAUGAGUCAUUAGUAGGAGGCAAACUUAUGUACCAGAUGCUAAAUAAAAAAACCCCAGAAGUAUACGUUUUAGGUCGACGUAUAGCUAUGUCGGCUAAUAAAGCAAGAAGAGUUAUUUAUCAAAUUCGUGGGCGUUCCUAUGAGGAAACACUUAUUAUAUUAGAACUCAUGCCCUAUCGUGCCAGUUAUCAAAUUUUAAAAUUGGUUUAUUCAGCCGCAUCAAAUGCUAGUUACACUAUGGCUGCAAAUAAAGCAAAUUUAGUUAUUAGUAAAGCUGAAGUGAAUGAGGGGACUGCUCGAAA